AUGCCAAAAACUCUUUCUACAACUUGUGAAAAAGACGUACAAUGCGUAGAAGAAAGAAACCGUUCAGAAGACGUUAAGAACAAUGUGGACAAUAGUUCUUCAAGACCAUCAAGACGUGCAUUACAUAGGCAGGCAGUCAAGAAAUUCAAUGAAAGACGUAAGAAUGAAGAACGACGACGUCUGGCAGAGGAGCGUGACAAUAAACUAAUUCAGUCUAGUGGUAGUUUUAGCAGUAAUAGUAGUAGUAGUAAUAGUGGUAACAGCAGUAGUAGUGAUAACCAUAAUGAGCAAUGUAGUUCGUUAAAGGUAAUUAAUAAAAAUAGUACGAAAAAACCUGUAUUAAUUGGGAAGUGGGAAUUUGAUUUUUUCUUCCGUACUAUACCUUCUGAGUUACUACCUUCACGUGGAGAACCUGUAGAUACAGAGAAAGACUUGGAAGAAUCACCUUCAGUUUUAUAUAAUAAGGAAGAACAGUCACUGGUCGUGGUGAAUGAUGAUGAUAGUCAACCUUUAAGGUCUUCCAUACCCUUUAAAGCUAUGAUGCAAAGUAAUCUAACUAAAAGUAUUCAUGUGCGACGUGUUGAGGGUGUUCCACCGCUUCCAAUGAUUAGACCAAUACCAACAGGAACUGAUUUAGAUGAACCGACAUGGAAUUAUUUACUCCCUGAUAACACAUAUAAUGUUCAUCAACAUGCUCCUGGAUUUGAGAGAGAUGAAAAUACGGCUAAACGAUCCAUGCUUGCCUGUGCUGUGAGGGAAUGGAGAGGUGCUGAUGAUAAUGUAUUGGUGUUAUCAACAGGUGAGGCAUUGCGAAGUGUGUUUGAAUCCACAUAUGGGGAAACGAAACCAUUAUCACUAGAAGUUAGACGUGUUGGACCGACUCUGCUAAUUGACUCCCAUAGUGAGCGACAAUUUCGUACACGUGUAAAAGAUAUGCGAGAGAAAGCACUUUUGGGGAAAGCACUAUACCGUAUUCAUGAUGCCUCAUUCUCUGUAAAAGAUAGUAAUAAUGUGAAUCCCGCUGAAAAUGGUGUUGUUGCAUUACCCAUGCAUCGUGUGGGUUCUGGAGCCCUUUCAAAAGAAACACGAAUGUUAAGUCGUUAUUCACAUAUAUUCCGUUGGGAAAUUGGUUCUAUGGAUGUGUUAGUCGGUAUUGACACUCCCAUUGUACUGGAUCACAGAGAUAAUACAGAAUAUGUAUUGAAAUUAAAAGACGUUUCUGUUGCCAUGACACCACAGGAAGCACAACGUGAGGCGUUAAAUUGUUGGUUUGAUGCCACACUUGCUAAUGUGCCACAAGUUGGAAUCUAUCUACACAAUAAGGGUGUUAUUCAACGAUAUGAAGUUAAAAAAGCACAAGAAAUGCUUGGUCUUGUAGAGGGAAGUAUGGCAACAGCAUCUAUGAAUUUUACAACAAAUGUACUUCAAUGGUUAGUAGCACAGUGUACAAAGGAUGGAGUAACUUAUGCCGUACUUCGAAAUUAUACAACUGGUGAUCUUGAAAUUUAUGAGUGUUCGAAAGAUGAACAUUAUGAGAAAUUUCUUCCUGGAGAUAGUAAAACAGAAGGUGAUUUUAUCACCGAUCCAUCUUCAACAGAUACCGCAAAGCAUACGAAUGGAAUAGAUAAUACCAAUAUGGAAGAAACAGGUACAGAUCAGGGGAAAGAGGAAGAAAAUAAUGGAACGGAGAAUGAACGACUAAAUUGGGGUUUGGCCACUAUGUGUUUUCGAAUGGGUAUGCAUUUAAAAGACUCUGAAAAGAAAGCCCCGGAUGCGCUUUCUCUUUUAUUACGUAGUUUUGCUUUGUAUUUUCAACAAAAAACACGAAUGGAGGAAGCCUCUCAACAUAUUUGUGAGAUUGUAAAAUCUCUACCUACUCUUAUUCGGUCUUUGAUAAAUGGUAGAAAGGCAGAACUUGAAGAACAAGGUGGAAUUAUUCAAUUACCAGCGGUUUACCGAGAGGCUUUUUUAGCAUGUGGACGUUUUGAAAUGCGUUUACAGGAAGCAAUAUAUGAUGAAACUCUACGAAUUCAAACACGGCGAACUUUUUUAAAAUGUUUACUUCCUUGUAGUGCUGCUUUAUGUGUUUGUAUUGCCCGAACAAUUGAACAGUUUUCUUCAGAACGACGUGUUUAUCUACGACUACGAGCUGAAAAGAAUCGUGGUAGUAAUAUGCAUAUUCAUAGUCUUAUCGCAAAGGACUUAUUGCAAGUGGUUGUGGAAGGUUUGUUGCGAUUAGAACAGAUGAAUCAAAUAUUAAAGGAUGAUCCCACACUAAUAAUGUGUACAGGUAUGGAUAAGAAAGAAUAUGAGAGAGCUUUAAUUGAUACAAAAACAGAAAUAAUUGAUAUAACACCACUUACAAGAGCAUCAUGGGAACUUUAUGCAGAUGUUGUUCUCCUUGUCAUGAGUGAUCGUACACCUUUUACAGCAAAUGUACUAGUUGAACUUAGUAAACGCAUAAAAUCUCGUGAAGAUAGACGCAAUGCUGAAAACGUUGAUCACAGUAUUACUGUUGCUGCUCCUACAGCAGGAGGAAGAGGAGGAGGAGAAACCUCUAGUGAUGGUGAAACUAUACUGACGUGGUUAUCUUCUAUUACACAUGACCCUGUUUCACUUUCCUUCACAGCACUUCGAUUCCUUACUAAAGUAGGACUUGAGUCCAAACGAUUGUUAUUAAAGAUGGCUCAAGUAUAUUAUCAUGUUGGACAUCAUCAUCUUCUUACAGACCGUUACACAAAAGCACUUGAAUCUUUACAUCGCGCGCAGUCACUUUUCAAAGCCAUACAACAAGCAGCAGCCGAUGAUGUAUUCGGUGGUUGCAGCACUCCAUCAGGGACAGUUACAAUAAAAGAUGUCCAACAUGCGCUUGGGGAUGUGUACAUUCGUAUGGCUUCUCUCAAGUCACAUCUCGCGUCUUUGGAAUUGCGAAUGACUGUACAACAACCACUAGCAUUUGGUGAGAUGCGAGUAUUAUCUCCAGAAGAAGAGGCCUUCUACCGUCACGCUGUGGAUCACUUCACAAACUCUGAAGCGAAUGCCCGUCUCGCUGCCGCUCUCCGCGUGUACGCCUCUCGCUUGAUUGGACAUAUUGCCUGCAGUGGCCAACAGGCGGAUGUGGCGAAGGGGCGGCAUAUUUAUUCGAUGCUGCGAAAGGCGGGUGAUCUUUCCAGCAACGAUACCGCAUUGGAUUGGGAAGUACUGCGAAUCUGCACAUGUGCAACCCAUCAUGCCGCCUUGCAGCACAGAGCAGAGGAAAUUACCUCACAGUGGGCAACCAUUUCCAUCUCACAAACUACUACUGAUACUACUAAUACUACUACUACUACUACUACUACUACUAAUAAUAAUAAUAAUAAUAAUAAUAAUAAUAAUAAUAAUAAUAAUAAUAAUAAUAAUAAUAAUAAUAAUACUAUAGGUAUGCCAGAAGCGUUGGAAUCCAUAGUUCACCCACUGGAGUAUUUAUUCCAGAUGGCACUUGUCUCCUUGUCGUUGUUGGAGGCUAAAAAGAACCUGAAGGCUCAUCAGGUGAUGGCACUUGUGCGUGGGUGUAUCGCACAACUAGUGGUGGCGCUUAAUAAUUCUCAGGAAACAAAUAAUUCUUCAAGUGCAUUGUUGACUCGUGCCCUUGCUACCUGGAAGUCGCGAUGCGCACAUGAGUGGAAGUGUCGUAUGUCGUUGAUGAUAGGUAUUCGGGUCAUGCGAGUGUUGGUGCGUUUGUUACCCACUGGAAAAGCCUCAGGAUCAAAAGGAUUAAUGCAGAAACUUGUUAAUAUGCAGAAAGAAAUGGAUGAUAUCUUGCCAACGGACAUUUGCUCUGAAGACGAAUGUAAGUUCUUAACGCUUACUACGUCACUCGUUAAAGUAUUGGAAGAUGUCGCAAAAUGGUAA